AUGGGAACCAAGCAUAACUCCACGCGCUUCAAAACGCAACGUCCAUUGUCUAUAUUCAUUGUUCUCUAUUUGUGUUGCUUCUUUUACAUCUUGGGAGCAUGGCAGAAGAGUGGUUUUGGAAUAGCUGUACAGAUGACUAAGCAGACAGAUUGGAAUAUCUUUACUGAUCUGAACUUUGAAACCCAUCAUAAUGAUGUUAAGAUUGUUGAGCCUUCUCAACCAAAAGCCAAAGUAUUUAAGCCUUGUCAUGUUAAGUAUACUGAUUAUACUCCAUGCCAAGAACAAGAUCAAGGCAUUGUCCCCCUGAAGAGGAAAAACGGCAUUGUUUUGUUCCAGCAGCCAAAGGGAGGAGGAACUAUGUUUCCUCAAGUUGCAGACAUACUUGAUGAAAAGAAACGUGUUGGCUAUGUUCUUUGCACCACGGGACAAUCAUGA